UUUUCCCUCCAGUCCUACCGCUGGCAGCUGCUCUUGUCCUGUUGUGGUGUGCUUGCUUAUCUUGUGGGAGUUUUGCCAUGCGCUUCCUCUCCUCUGGCCCAGAACAUGUCUCAUGUGGACCAGGCGGCCCGCCGGCUGUCCAAGAGAGGCUCCACCCUCUACGCAGUGCUGGAGCUGAAGAAGGGCGCCUCCCCCGAAGAGGUCAAGAGGGCUUACAGAAGACUGGCCUUGCAGUAUCAUCCAGACAAGAACCCAGGAGACCCUCAAGCUGCAGAAAUAUUCAAAGAGAUCAAUACAGCCCAUGCCAUCCUGAGUGACCCAAAGAAGCGGAGAAUCUAUGACCAGCAUGGCUCAUUUGGAGUAUAUCUCUAUGAUCACUACGGAGAGGAAGGUGUCAGAUACUACUACACAGUCAACAGUUGUUGGUUCAAGACGCUGAUCAUCCUCUGUGCCCUGCUCACCUGUUGCUGUUGUUGCUGCUGCUGCUGCUUCUGCUGUGGGGCUCUGAAGCCUCCACCCGAGGACAUCAGCCGCAGGAAACAGCCAGAGAACGUCCAGACUCAGCCUCCGCGGGCAGGAGCCAGAGGUGGUUUUAAAAGAGAUGAAGACUUUGAAGAUAUUUAACAAGUGAUGAAGAAAAAUAAGGUAUGUAAACUGAAAGGAACAUUAAGGAAAUGAAAAAGCAUGUAAACUAACUUCAGGUGAGUUGCCAGUGAAAAGUUUAUAC